AUGAACAAAGCAGGAAUGCUGUCUAGAAUCUCGCCAUUACUCAGAGUCCAAAGCCUUCGCCAGACCAUGAUCCGUCUCUUGCAAACUUGCCAGAUCUACCAGAUCCAAGGAGCGGAGACUCCAAUGGAAACACGGUCCUCCACGUGGCUGUAGCUGCUAAUCAUACACGCGGGAUGGAGAAGCUCCUGCAGUUGAAGGAAUAAGUGGACAUCAUCGAUUACAAGAACGACUGGGGCGGGACGCCCUUGGAAUUUGCAGUCUGUCACAAACAUUUCGAGGCAGCUGCUCUACUGCUCAGGUACGGUGCGAAGCCCAGAGGUAACCUUGGAGAUUUGACACCGCUUCUACACUACACCAUCUACAACGGGGAUGAUAAGAUGGCGAGUGUCUUGAUCCGAGGCGGUGCAGACAUUAACGAAAGGGACCAGAAUGGGAGCUGCCCUUUGCUUGCCUGUUUCCGGUGUGGCCAGUACAGGAUGUUCCAGAUUUUUGUCGACCACCGCAUUGAUCUGAACAAGGAGAUACUCAAUGGGGUGACAGUCAUGGGUCUGGCCUAUGGCAUGGGCGACGAAGAUUGUCUCCGCCAGAUACUGCGUGUUGGCGCCGACCCUGAUGCUCGGUGCACAGCCCGCGGCAGCAAAACCCUGCUUCAUAUCGCAGCCCAGGAGGGGAAUAUUUGGGCGGCUGAGAUGUUGCUGCAACACGGCGCAGAUCCCAGCGUCGAGGGCCGGGAAAUGUUAUGUCCGUCGUCUCGGCAAUAUCUCAGGAGAAUGAUGAGAUGA